AUGUCCGCGGGGUCGUGGACGGCCGAGGCGGCCGCCUCGCGCCGCGGCGCUGGCUCGCCAGAGGCUGGCCCCGCAUGCUUCGGUGACAGACCUGAGGCGCGGCAGCUGAGCUUCCUGGAUGCGGCGGCUCUCGCCGACACCGCGGCCAAGCGCUACCUGCCUCCAGCGCAGCGGCUAGUUGUCUGGUGCCGCUGGAUGAGCCUGGAGUGGUCGACGGCCCAGGAGCUCGACGUUAUCUUGAAGGCCUUCCUGGCAUACCUGGCCUUAGACGGCUUCGUCGCGGCCGCGGGGCGGGUCGCGGCGGCUGCGGUGCGGCACCUACUACUACCUGCUCUGGAGUCCUCGUGCGGCUCGCCGCUGAGGGCGUGCAAAGCUCUGGACGGCUGGAAGAAGUUGAAGCCGGCCCGUAUGUGCCUGCCGAUCCCUCGUCCCGCGGCGAUGGUGAUCGUGGGCGUCAUGAUCUCGCUCAGCCAGCUCCCUUUCCCAUUGUUCGUGAUCCUUUCUUUCGCGGGUACCUGUGCCCCUCGGAGGCCUUUCGCUUGUGAGGCGUCUCUUUCGUGGUUCCCGACCCGCUGGCGGGGAAGCUGCGCGGCCAGCGGGGCCUGGUGCCCAAACCAUGCGAGGACUGGCGUCCAGGGAAGAUGGGCAUCACCGAUGAGAGCGUGGCAUUGGACCAGGCUGCGCGGUCGUCGCUGUGGGUGGCGCUGA